CCGAACUCUUACCGAGCGCAUUUUGUUUUUACGAUCAAGCACUUGCGCAACUUACACACACCGUAGAGAUGGAUCGAUUCGACGUUGCGCAAAAGUUCGGUAAUACCAUUACAGACUAUCAUAUCUCAAUGAUCGUUUACAGAUCGGUAUAGUAGCAGACGGCCAAGAAAAUGAUGAUCCAAGAGGAACCGGAGCAGGACGAGCUGGAGCUGGAGACGAUGGCCGAGCUGGAGCUGAAGCGCCUGAAGCGCCAGUACCGCAUAAUGGAGAACGACCGGGUGACGUACGCCGAGGACGCGCGCAACCAGUUACGCAACCAGCGUUUCGUGAUAGACAAGUUCGAGAGUGAAAAGGCCGAGCUGGUGUUGGCGAUCAAGGCGGCCAAGUCGCCGUGGAACCAGCGCCAGGACGAGGCAAUGGCCGAACAGUUGAGGGCCCUGUUGGCGCGUAGGGCCGAUUUCGCCGAGCAGAUACGCCGCGAGAGGCAACAGAUCGGCGAACUCGACGAGCAGAUCGUCAGCAUAUCGAAGGAGCUGCACGCCCUCAAGCUCGACCAACGAACGGACCUCCAGCCGGUCGAAGCGAUGGCCAAGCAGCACCGGUUGAUCGGUAUCCUGGAAAACCGGCUCGAGGUGGCGUCCAAGCGGUUCAACAGCCUCGUCGGCGACAAUGCCAAGCUGCGCAACGAGAUCGACGAUCUGAUGAUGGAACGGGCCCGUUUCAACGUCCUCUGGACCAAAUUGAACAACCAGCUUGCCUCCGGCAAGGCCAUUGUCAACGAUCUCAUAGAACAGACCACCAUUGCCUUCAACCAGAGGGACGAGGAGCUCAACAAGAUCAACGCACUGAAAGAUCGAGGGAUGAGGGAUCUGAAGAGCCACACGCUGGAGAUGUGCGAGCUGCAGCGGACGAUCGACAACGAGAUGAAGCUCCAAGAGUUCCUCGGCGUGAAGGGACAGUAUCGCGAGAUGAACGACUUGAAGGCCAAGCAGCAGGCCGAGAAGAGAGCCAAGCGGGAAGAGAUGCGCAACAAGGUCGCCAUGUACAGCCAGAUACUGAAGCUCGUCAAGCAGUUCACUGGCGAGACGGAAAUAGACAAGCUGACGGCCCAGUUCUUGAAGCAGGAAGAGGAGAACUUUGCGCUUUUUAGCUACGUGAACGAAUUGAACGACGAACUGGAGGGGCUUCAGACGCGCGUCGAGCAGUUGCGGCUCGCGAUAGACGCAGCUCGGGCGUUAAACGUUCAUCGAGGGCAAAAGCAGGCCGAAACCUUAGAGUUGAUUGCCCAAAGGCUACAGGAGCAGACUAAUCUAGCCAAUUCGGCCGAGCGCAAAUUUAACGAGAGCAACGAAACAAUGGAGAAGCUAUUAAAGGGCAUAGAGAUGCUUUUCGCGAGCAUAAAAUGCGACGAUUCGCCCCUGCUGGAGCUCCUAGGUGACAACAGCCAAGUGACGAUGAACAACGUGAUGCUGUACCUGGGUAUAAUAGAAAAGCGACUGGUCGAGAUGAUGAACAAGAUGCACUGGGUAGAUAGGAACAAGCCGGAACUGCGCCUCGACGAGGCCCGGAAGCCGAAGCUCCAGAUCCCCGUCAUCACCGAAAUCGCGCCCACCCAGCCCUGUCCCCUAUGCGUGGAGAAGGAGGAAAUGCAAAACGUGUCCGAAGGCCCGGAAGUCCCCCUGACGGAGGAAGAAGUGCACAAGAAGUUGAUGAAACGACUAGAGCACGACCAUUCGCACCUUCUGCACAACGUGUCCGCCUGCCACUUGCCAGCUGCGCGGAAAAUCAUUCAGAAACGAUACCAAUGA